AUGACCGAAAAUGUAACGAAAAUUGUCGUUACAGCAUUCAAUUGGGAAUUGCGGCAAGCUGCUGGAUCUGGAAAUAUAUCCAAAGUUCGACAACUUUUGGAAAAAGGAGCAGACCCAAACGAGUAUGAUGUUUUGUCCGAAGCAGCUAGAUAUGGUCACAUAGACAUUGUUAAGAUACUGCUGGAUAAGGGAGCCGACGUAAAUCAGGGAUUGAUGGGUGCAGCUGAAGGUGGUCACAUCGACAUGGUCAAUUUUUUCCUUGAUAGAGGAGCUGAUCCGGCUAAGUCAUAUGCUUUGUCCGGAGCAGCUCAUUGUGGUCACACAGAAAUUGUUAAGAUACUUCUGGAUAAGGGAGCCGACGUAAAUAAGGGAUUGAUGGGUGCAGCAGAAGGUGGUCACAUAGACAUGGUCAAUUUUCUCCUGGAUAGAGGAGCUGAUCCGGCUAAGUCAGAUGGUUUGUCCGGAGCAGCUAGAGGGGGUCACACAGAAAUUGUUAGGAUGCUCCUGGAUAAGGGAGCCGACGUAAAUAAGUCAGAUGGUUUGUCCGGAGCAGCUAGAGGGGGUCACACAGAAAUUGUUAGGAUGCUCCUGGAUAAGGGAGCCGACGUAAAUAAGUCAGAUGGUUUGUCCGGAGCAGCUAGAGGGGGUCACACAGAAAUUGUUAGGAUGCUCCUGGAUAAGGGAGCCGACGUAAAUAAGGGAUUGGUGGGUGCAGCAGAAGGUGGUCACAUAGACAUGGUCGAGUUUCUCCUGGAUAGAGGAGCUGAUCCGGCUGAGUCAGAUGCUUUGUCCGCAGCAGCUAGAGAGGGUGACACAGCAAUAGUUCGGAUGCUCCUGGAUGAGGGAGCCGACGUAAAUGAGGUUAGUUAA